AUUAAUACAAAGAGUAUCUUAACUAUGUCGGUAUGAAAAAAAUUUCAUCUCACAACCACCAUCUUCAUAUCAUCACAAGAACAAUAAAAAUGACAAAAAUCAUAGAAAUUUUCAAUGUACCACCAUCUUCACAAGAACAACUACCUACACAAACAUCACUUCCUCUUACCUUCUUUGACAUACUAUGGUUAAGAUUACCACCUGUUCAACGAAUUUUCUUCUAUGAAUUUCCACACCAAACCUCACUUUUCUUCAACACCCUUCUUCCAAAACUCAAACAAUCCCUUUCUCUUACACUUCACCAUUUUUACCCUCUUUUGGGUCAUCUCAUUUGGCCUCAUGAUUCAAACAAACCCAUCAUCAAAUACAUCAAAGGUGACACUCUUUCACUUACAAUUGCUGAAUCAGAUUCUGAUUUCAAUCAUGUUUCUAGUACUAAUCUUUGUGAGGCUACACAAAUUCAUAAUCUUUUACCUCACUUGAACAUAUCUCAUGAAAAAGCUUCUCUUUUGGCUCUUCAAGUUACUCUUUUUCCAAAUAUUGGAUUUUCCAUUGGAAUCACAUCACAUCAUGCUGCUUUAGAUGGUAAAACUUCAACUUCUUUUAUCAAAUCUUGGUCUUAUUUAUGCAACAAGUUUGAAAUUGGAGAAAAACCCAUUAUUUUGCCACAUGAAUUAUGUCCUUUUUUUGAUAGAAAUGUGAUUAAUGAUCCAAAUGGAUUAGAAGCAAAAUAUUUGAGUGAUUGGUUGAAACAAGGAGGACCUAACAACAAAAGCUUAAUGAUUUGGGAUCUACAAGUUGAACAAGAUUCAAUUAGAGGUUUAUUUCAAUUAUCUCGUUUCGAUAUCGAAAAGCUUAAAGAAUUUGUAGUUUCAAAACAAAAGGGUCAAAGAAAAAAGGAUAAAAAUCUUCACUUGUCAAGUUUUGUGGUAACAAUUGCUUAUACAUGGGUAUGUAGAGUGAAAGCAGAGGAAAUUAAGAACAAAAGACUUUUGAUGGCUUUGAAUGUCGAUUGCCGGAAUCGUUUAGAGCCACCAAUUCCUUCAACAUAUUUUGGAAAUUGUAUUGGAGCAAGGCUUGCAAUUGUUGAAACAAGUGAGUUAUUGGGAGAAAAUGGACUAAUUGUUGCUGUUGAAGUGUUGAGUGAAGCUUUGGAAAGUUUGAAAGAUGGAGUGUUGAAUGGAGCUGAAAAUUGGUCUUCAUGGUUACUUGAGGGUCUUGUUGUUGAUGAUGUUAAAACAAUUGGUGCUGCUGGUUCACCUAAAUUUGAGGUUUACAGUUGUGAUUUUGGUUGUGGAAAACCAAAGAAAGUUGAAAUGGCUUCUAUUGAUAGAACAGGUGCUUUUUGUCUUUCUGAUAGUAGAAAUGGUGAUGGUUUUGAGAUUGGUUUUGUGUCUAAGAAAAAAGCUAUGGAGGCUUUUGCUUCUCUCUUUGCCAAAGAUAUUGCAUCUUGGUGAGUCCCUUCACGUGUAAAGGAUUCACUCAUGCUAACCCACCAAGUUGAACGGGAGGAGUGCCAGGAGCAGCAACGGACCAAAUGUCUAGAUUCCACAAGAGACCUUUACACCAAAUCUCAAUCUAAAACCUUGAGAUAAUGAAUAUAUGGAUCAGAUCUCUUAUAUAUCCAAUAUUUUAUUAAUUCAUAGUCGAUGCGAGACUUAGCCACUCACACUUGAAUCCUACAAAACCGGUACAAGUUCACAGUUCAAAAGUCUGAUUGGGGUCAAAGCUUAAUAAUAAUAAAUAUGUGUUUUGUUAUAUUUUUAAUAUAAUAUAUAAAGAAAUUAUAACUAAUAAUAAUGUAAUUUGCAUUAUAAAUAUAUAAUAUGGUGGUCUUUUUCUUAAUUUGAGGAAGAAUUC